CAACCAACAUAGAGGAACUGUCAAAAACCGACAAAAUCCUGCCAUUGUUUAUGAUAAUUUCGUUUUGGCGCACGCGGAAGUGAACAUUCGAGUGAUUUCCUUUUCCUAAAAUUUUCAAAUCACACCAAAACUUCUAAUUUAUUUUGGGAUAACAAAUAUUUUCCGGGUUCUAGCUUCUGUAAUUUGCUUGUUUGUGUGUGAUUGCGUUCGCAAAAUGGAGGUGACGGACUUAAACGAUUUUCUAAAUGUUCGCUCUAUUAAAAUGGAACAGGGAGAGACAGUAUUUGACGAAAGUACUGUCGAAACCUCGGAUCCUUUAUCUAUUAUUCCUCAAUAUGUUACUGAGACUGAUUUAGGCCUCAUGCAGGCAGGAGGUGAGAUACUGCAGACUCCGCUAGCAGUUUUCUCUGAUACUCCCGAUGAAGAUGAUACUAUGCAGAGCACGGAAAGCAGUGAUGAGGUGAUAGUCCAACUAAUGGAUAUAAGGACCAAUUUAUCUCGAUUGAGAGCGAUGCUGGAAAGGAGACUGGGUUUUGAUCUCUCAGAUUAUACUUUUUGGCUGCAAAACGCGAAGAUGUUGGAGAAUCACAAGACAUUAGUAGAACAAUGCAUCAGAGGGGAAGGAGUGGUGCAAGUGAACAUACAAAUACGUGCUUUGGAGAGGAAGAUCAAUAUCCUGGAUGUACUCAAACCUGAUGAGGAACUGGUGCAGCUGCCUAACCAGAUGGAUGAGGAUUUACUGGAGCUAGAAGACCGUCAAGAAGACACAGAAUUAACAGAAGUAUCAGAAGGUACAGAGACAGAAGCCGGGGCUGUGUCUCAUGCAGCAGCUGUGAAGUGGGUGGUGGAUGCCCAGUUCAAGAGCGAGCAUAGGGUGAAGGUGCCUGAUGAUCCGGCACAAUGGUCAGUCCAACACGUCAAACUGUGGAUACAAUGGGCUGUCCGACAGUUUAACUUGAUCGGCGUUAAACUGUCAGACUGGAAUAUUAACGGAAAAGAACUAUGUGCUAUCACUAACGUGGAGUUUAAAGAAAAAGUACCUUCGGAUCCUGGAGACAUAUUUUGGACGCACUUCGAGUUGCUUAGGAAAUGUAAAUUUAUUGCGGUAAUACAGAAUGAUGAACAAACGAAUUCGCCAACCAAAGAUCCUUUAGAAGUUCCACAAUCGGCUAUUAAGAAGAAACCGAAACCAAUAGUAAUAAGGCCUACAGAAGAGGAAUUGUCAACAUACGUAACAUCACGCAACGGAAAUAACGGACAGAUACAAUUGUGGCAGUUUCUACUAGAACUACUUACUAGUGCCGAAUAUUUUGAUGUUAUUCGGUGGCAUGGUACGGAAGGUGAAUUCAAGCUACUCGAGCCGGAACGCGUGGCGCGACUAUGGGGCGCUAGAAAACAUAAACCCGCCAUGAACUACGAGAAACUGUCCAGAGCAUUGCGCUAUUAUUAUGACGGAGAUAUGAUUGCUAAGGUUUCUGGGAAGAGAUUCGUCUACAAAUUCGUGUGUGACCUACGUCAGCUGUUAGGUUACGGCGCCGGAGAAUUAGCCGACCUCGUAAAAGAGGUACACGAAUCAAGACCUAACAAGAGCAGCCUGGAUUACACAUCGUAAUAUGUAAGUUCAGCCGUUUCGAAGAUAAGGUUGGACAGACGGACAAAAAUACUGAUUAUGAUUAUGUUUUAUGCAUUUUGAAAUAUAUAUGUCGCAGUUAUGAGAGUAGGUGAGUGAUUAUAAAUGACGUUAAUGAUCGGGCUAGCCGUUUGAUUGAACGGCUAUUUUUUUUUACUAAUUACCUGCAACCAUAAGGAGGAUAUAAUUUUGUUUUAUUUGUAUUUUGAGCUGUAUAAUGAUUGAAAUUUAAGGCUAAAGUAAAUCAGCAUCAUUUUGUUAAUACUUCACUCUUUUUUUUUUUAAAUCAAAUCAAUAGAAAACAAAAAAAAAAUCAAUUUUAGACAUCGAUCUUUAAAGAAACAAGUAAAUUAUAAUUUAUUUACGGUUAAUUAUCAACCGAAUUAUCAACCGUUUUAGUUGUUUUUGCGUUAUUAUAAAGUUAAUAUUCAAAACAAGAUUUUCUACGUAGGGAACUACUUUUCGUACCCAGAUAAAAAGUAGCCUAUGUCUUUUCUCAGGCUCUCGAUUAACUGUAUACCAAAUCUCAUUUAAAUCGGUUCAGUAAUUUAGGCAUGAGAGCGCGACAGACAAGCGGAGUUACUUUCGCUUUUAUAAUAUUAGUAAGGUUUGUGUUGUGUAGAAUAGUGGAAAAUACAGGUAUGCCAUUUCUUAUAUGUAUAAGUUAAUAUUAUAAUUUGUACCUAUGUAUAAAAUGCGAAAAUCCUGUUAUGCUUUUAAUGUAGGAAAAAGGGCUGGACCGAUAAACAAGAAAAAAAUAUAAUAUAUAAAAUGUUAAAUUAUAAAAAUUAUUUAUAUCAAAAUCAUUAUCAGCUUUACUUAUAAACGUGAAUUAAAUAAUAAGUAAUACUUAAGGGCUGUUAAGAAAAAAU